CGAUCACGGUUCCAUCACUGUUGGAAAUAUUAUCGACAAGCGGUAAUGCGGGACGCUGUAUUAUUAUAGCCGGAUUUUUCAUUUUGACAGUCUUGUUUUCUCAAUGGGAACUAUGCAAUGUACAUAAUAUUUGGAGAGACAAGGACCUGCAAUUGAAUACCUGGUCAAAAAGGUGAAGAAGAAGUGGCAGUGGAUGCAAUGUUUUUGGAGAAAAGAUGUUCGUUAAGACUGCGUGAGCAACACUAGAUUUGCGGGAUAGCACAAUGAUUGGGUUGUUUGAAUAUCAAAAUGGGGAAUUACAAGUCACGACCGGCCAUCUCAUGUGCUGAUGAACUGAAGAAAAAGAUAAGUGAGAGUUUCUCAUUAUUUCGUUCCCAUAUCAGCGAAGAUUUGAGACCUGUACAAGGGCCGGAAUGGUCCGAUCUGCAAUUGGCAUGCAGUGCUUGCGACAGCACCAGGGUAGCGGCACUUCUGAUAGACGACAAUGUCCAUGAAGUAACAGAUGCCGGUCUUACACUCCUACAUAUAGCUUGUGUUUCAGGAGGGAGCAAGCACCUUGUGGAGGUUCUGUUACAACAUGGCGUUAAACCAGGGGCUCUCUCCAAGAACCAGUUCUCUGCCCUCCAUCUUGCUACAUACAAGGGGGAUAUAGACUGUGUUCAAGCCCUGUUGGAAGGCAGUGUAGAUGUAAACCAGCCUGAAAACAGUGGUCUUACUGCCCUGCAUAUAGCUGCCAUGUGUGGCCACCAGGAGAUUGCCAGCUGCCUCAUACAUAAUGGUGCAUGUGUGAAUCAGGGGGACGCUGUCAAGUUUACGCCACUACACAUGGCCUGUAACUUCGGCCAUGAUAAGGUUGUCGAGGUCCUUAUGCGCAGUGGAGCAGACUUGAAUGUAGCAGGCAGCGUUGGUGACCGACCCUUACACCUUGCCUGUGGUAAAGGUCAUUUGAGGGUAACUCAGCUGCUAAUAGAAGGAAUAGAGAGCAAUAAAGCAGAAGUGAAUAUUAAAGACGAUGAAGAGCACACUCCGAUCCAUUUUUGCUGUAAAUCCGGCCAUCUUGUUGUUCUACACUAUCUACUAGAGCAAAAGGCCGACCCCCACUGUCCGAAUAUCUAUGGGGACACCCCACUUCACUUGGCCUGUUACAAUGGGAAGACUGAGGUCGUGAGGCAGUUAAUAUCACGGACAGGACUUGGCAGCAUUACAAAGGAAAACAUCUUCAGUGAGACUCCAUUACACUGUGCAUGUACCAGUGGGCGGAGCCUGGAGAUGGUCAAGUUUCUAUUGGAUCAGACAGGUGUACGCAUCAACUGUCAGGGCCGGGAUGGACAUACAGCCUUUCACAGUGCUUGUUACCACGGCCACCUCAGACUGGUUCAGUAUUUACUGGAGAAAGGUGCUGACAUCAACCUAGUGGCCACAUUCAGCGACCAGUCUGGCGGAAGUGAGAAAAGGGAGGAGCAGACGGCACUUAUGUGGGCUUAUGAACAAGGUCAUGAUGCCAUAGUUACCCUGGUGAAGCACCACAAGCGACCACAGGAUGAAUCUGCACAUGGGGAUUACAGUCAGCCUGGUGGAGAGGGGUCAUAUGUGUCAGUUCCCUCACCCAUUGGCAAACUGAAGAGCAUGACUCGAGAGAAGAUAGAUGUCCUUCAAUUAAGAGCAGAUCUUCCACAUCAGUUCCACAUCCUCAUUUCGGACAUCGAGUUCAAUGACGUUAUUGGAAGUGGUUCAUUUGGCAAAGUGUAUAAAGGCCGGUUUAGAGGCAAAAUUGUUGCCGUAAAAAGGUAUAAGGCCAGCUGUUUCGGUACAAAGUCGGAUGUUGAUAUGUUUUGUCGGGAAGUGGCAAUAUUGUCGAAACUUAACAGUCCAUAUGUUAUACAGUUUCUGGGGGCAUGCCUUGAUGAUCCUAGUCAAUUUGCUAUAGUGACCCAGUAUGUUCCUGGAGGGUCAGUGUACAGCUUACUGCAUGAACAAAAAAGACUCAUAGACCUGCAUAGCAAGCUGAUAAUUGCUAUUGAUGUGGCCAAAGGGAUGAACUACCUUCAUACAUUGCCACAACCAAUCAUUCAUCGAGAUCUCAACAGCCAAAAUAUUCUUACAGAUGAACAUGGACAUGCCAUUGUGGCAGAUUUUGGAGAAUCACAGUUUUUGCGAACUUUGGAAGACAACAUGACAAAGCAACCAGGGAAUCUGCGAUGGAUGGCUCCAGAAAUAUUUACCCAGUGUACCAAGUACAACAUUAAGGCAGACAUGUUUAGUUACUCCCUCUGUUUAUGGGAACUUCUUGCUGGAGAACUGCCUUUUGCCCACCUUAAACCAGCUGCUGCAGCUGCAGAAAUGGCGUACCACCAGACAAGACCCCCGAUAGCUGUCACCUUCCCCAAACCACUGGUGUCACUUCUUCAGUGGGGAUGGAACCCUAAUCCAGAGGAUAGGCCAGAGUUUGCAGAAAUCCUACCGAUACUAGAAGACUGCAAACACUCCCCUGCUGUGAUGAUGCUGAGCAAUCCCUCUGGCUAUACUGCCGUCCCUCUCUCAGCAAGUCUGCCUGCAGUCAUUCGUGACCAUGAUGGGGAUGGGGAGGGGGAGGGUGGUAGGGCCACACCCCCUCUUGUUGGGAAUGUUAGCGCCUUGAAGUCACGCUAUGAGCAGGAACUACAGAGAAACUGUGUUGAUGACUUGAGGCCACGCCUGCCCUUUCCUCAACUGGAUAAAAAUGGUUAUGUGUCGGAUCCACUGAGCACACUGCGUAUUUCCAUACCUCGUCCUCGACAACACCUCACAUCGAAAGGAAGUCCCGAAUCUGGUGGAAAUUCAUCUUGAUAGCUGGAAUAAUGAAGCUAUUGUCAAAUAGCUAUUGUGUUAGAUAUACGUAGACAUGUAUUAAAUUAUUUGGAUUACUGUAUUGAUGGGUUUUAUGGCCAAAUUGCAUGAUUAUAAGAUUUGAUAUCGUUUUGCAUUGGUUUGUUCAAGUUUUGAGUUGCUCUGAGCUCUGAUUUGUUAAAAGCUAUAAACUAAAAAAGGCAUUUGAUUGAUUCUGAAAGGUCUAAUAUUAAUUAGAAACGUUGAUUUAAAAUUGAGUAAUGGUAGGAUGAAGAAAUUAUUUUGAAAAGUAUUUGCGUUAACGAAUAUUUAGCAGGGAUAUUGAAAUUCAAAUAGAGGCUCAAGCAAACUGGGUACGGGUUGUGCAGUUCACUUUCAAACACCUAUAGUAAUUUAUGCUUACUGCCAUGUGAUUAUAUUAAGAUGUUUAUGUCAUUCAUUGAUAUUAAAGCGACAGUCCGCAAAUCGGGCAAAUUAGCCAUGAAAAAAAAAAAUUUCAUCUAUGUGUUGAUAAGCAUUCCUGACUGACGAAUCCAAAAUAAUUUUGGUUCAAAUCGACCUAGAAAUGAGUUUUUCGUGUCAUUUUCAAUAUCUCUUCUUAACUAUCGGCCCCCGAGAGUUAACGGUUAUAUAAAUAGAAAAAAACAGUGGGAUUCCAAAGUUCUUGCGCAUGCGCAGGGCGAUACUAUUUCCCGGUCUCUCCUCGUAAAAUCCGGUCUCAUCCGGUCUCAUAAUUCCCGGUUCAUAACUUAUGGCCCCAGGCAACGGAUUGUGUUGCUGAUGUUUAUAACACGAUUUUGACAAUCUUAUUUGUUUUUAUAUGUAACAAAAUGGUAUAAAAUAUAUAAACAUUAUGUCUUAAUUUAUGCAAUUUGUUAUAGGUAUACACUAUUUAUGCAAUUCGUGUUAAAGGUGUAGAGAAAGAUGCGAUGCAGUACAAAUGCUCAUGUUUUUUGCAUAAAAGAUUGAGGACGGCUAGAGUAUGAAGUAACUUAGAAUUGCACCUUUUAAAUUAUGUUAUGUUAUGUUAUUGUUCUUC